AUGUUUUUCAUCAAAAGCCGUCGCCGCAAGCAGAAGAAGAAGCAGGCCAUGGCGAAGACAGCCACACCACCUCCAAAGGCGGAUGUCCAAGUUGUCGCGUCCCUCUUGGAAGAAGAGGAAGUAGAAAUUCCAACGAUUGUUCUGAAACCAGAGCUGGCCAUUCAGGCCCUUGACAUGUUUGAAGUCAGCUGUGAUACCAGCACAAGUAGCGACAGUUCCACCAGCAGCGGCAAUGUACCAAUGGCUCCUGGUGAAGAGUGCUGCCAUCUACCAGUGCUCAAGGCGGUCAAUGUAGAUUGCUUUUCCGCAGUAUCAUCUCAAACAGUUCUCUAUGGAUACCAUGAUGAAAACAAAUCCAAGAAGCGACGCCGUGCCGCCUUUCUCAGUGCCACUGUAAUGAAACCAACAACGGAAAGCAAGUUGGGUAUGGGUCUCAAGAAAGGGAAGGAUGGAAGCCUGCAAGUAUCUUCCUUGUCCAACAAUCCAGAGUGUCUUUUAUCAGAGGCUCCCUUCCAAACAGGUGACGUGCUGGUCAGCAUCAACAACCAAAGUUGUACUGGCAUGAAUCUGUCAGCAGUUGGAAAGCUCUUGAAACAAACCACAGGUGUAUUGACAGUGGUGGUACAGAAUUCCACCGGUGAUUCCACUCUAGUGGAGAGCAUGAUCCGCAAACCAACACCAACAUCCAAAACUGGUUUGGGUGUUGCACAUUCAGCAGGGCAGCAGAUCAAGGUCUCUAGUAUCAAUCCAAAAGGACCCUUUGCGGAGUCCCUGCUGAGCCGAAGAGAUACAAUAUUGAGUGUCAAUGAUGUUCCAUGUGAGUGUCUAAUGGGUGCAAGGGAAGCUGCUAAUAUCAUUGUGUCUGCCGAGACAUCGGUAACAGUUGUGGCACAACGACAAUCAGACAAUGCGGCUGUGGUGGCCAUGGCAGCCUAA